AUGUCGAGCGAAGGUGAUCGUGUUGAUUCAGUGCAUCAACAGGCUGAAAUUAUCGAUCAACCUACAUCGGAUCAUAUUGUACAUAAUGGUGGAAAGGUAUCAACAGGUUAUGUGUUACUAGAUGGAGAUGAUGAUGAUCAUUUGGCUUCUAGAAAAACAACCGAUCAUUUCGAUGAACAUGAACGACGAAUGAACGAUGAAAGUACUCUCAAGCAGACUUCUUCUCAACAAGACCAUGUAAAUGAAGAAUCAGUCAAUGACGACGAUGAAGAAGAAUUUGACGAAAAUGACACAACAGAAGUUGGUAGAUUCAAAGAGAGAGGAGAGUUUACUUUUCGUGCCAUUGCUGUUGGUGCACUGAUUGGAAUUUUAGUUGGUGCCAUGAACGUGAAUUUUGGCUUGAGAACAGGUUGGACACAAGGAGGAAGCAUUUUCGCAUCAAUUUUGAGCAUUGGAGUUUUCAAAUUAAUUAGGCCAAGUCGUCCUUUUACAAAAUAUGAAACUAUAAUCACGACAACAGCAGCAUCAAGUGCUGGUACUAUGGCCUCAACAGCUGGAUUAGUGAGUUCCAUACCAGCUCUUAAAUUACUCGGAUUUCAAUACAACGUUGGAGAAUUGUAUUUGUGGGCAUUGAGCGUUGCCUUCUUUGGAGUAUAUUUUGCAGUUCCUCUCCGAAAACAUUUAAUUGUCAUUGAAAAGUUGAGAUUUCCUACAGGUACAGCCACUGCAGCCACCAUCAAAUCCAUGUUUGCUCAAGGCUAUGAAACUGUGAAAAAAGCAAGAAUGCUUGUGUUUUGGGGAGUGUUCUCCGCUCUUUAUUCGUUUAUCAUUUUUCUCGUGCCUCCCAUUGCACAACCUCCAAUGCCUAAAAUUCUCCACGAUUAUGGAUUUACCUUAUAUAUGGAUCCCUUAAUGAUUGGAGGUGGAAUGUUGAGUGGACCUCGUAGUACUGCUAGCUUAUUGUUGGGAGCCAUUGUUGGAUGGGGAAUUUUAGCUCCAAUUGUCGAUGCCAAUGGAUGGACCAAAGGACCAGUUUCUUCCUUCAGUGGAGCUCGAGGAUGGACUCUCUGGGUCGGAUUGGUACGAAGAGUGGCCAUUCGAGGUUCUGGAAGAACAGUUCAAAGACAUUUUGGAGAACGUGUCAUUUUGGAUCACGAGCAAUAUGAAUUAGAUUCUCACAUGAUUCCAUGGUGGUAUUGUUUUAUUGGAUUGAUUUUUUCAUCGACCUUGUUGAUGUUGAUUGGUCAUUUUGUGUUUGAUUUGAAAUGGUAUUUUGUGUUGCUGGCCAUUCCAUUGAGUGCUAUUUUGUCCAUUGUUGCAACGAGAGCGACAGGUGAAACUGAUAUCAAUCCAGUUGGUGGUAUGGGUAAGGUGGGUCAAUUUGUGUUUGCUGGAGUUGCACCCAAGCAAACUGCUACCAAUAUUCUCAGUGCUGGUAUCAUUUCUGCUGGUGCCAGUCAAGCAGGUGAUAUGAUGCAUGACUUGAAAGCUGGUUACAUUAUUGGAGUUGCUCCACGAAAACAAUUCUUUGCACAAAUUAUUGGUAUCGUCGUUGGUAUCAUUACAUGUAUUCCAAUUUACAAACUCUAUGACACUGCCUAUACGAUUGGAUCUUCUUCAUUUCCAGCACCAGCUGCACAUGCUUGGAAAGCUGUUGCUGAAGUGUUGAGUAAGGGAACAAAUGGCUUACCAACGAAUAGUGUGUAUGGUAUCAUUGCUGGUGUUGUAUUUGGUGUGGUUCUCACUGUAAUUUAUAAGAUUAUACAAAUUGUGAAACCAAAUUGGGCUCAAUAUUUCCCUAGCGCUCUUGCAUUUGGUAUUGGUAUGAUUGUUCCACCAAAACAGUCGAUUACCAUGUUUAUUGGUGCAAUGUUAUUUACAAUAUGGAAACGACGUUGGCCAGAAACGAACAACAAGUAUUUCUUUGCAGUCAGUAGCGGUUUAAUUGCAGGCGAAGGAAUCAUGGGAAUAUUCAUUGCUUUGCUCAAAUUAGCUGGACUGAAAGCUUUGGUGGAAUUGACGUACACUUAA